GGUUGCCACAUGGUGAAGGGUUUGUCCUUUUUCUCUUAAAAUGGCUCAUUAGUCGUGUUAGUUUCUCAUCUGCAGCUCUAAUGAGCGAUCUGUCUGCUAAUACAAAGAUGUUUUUAUAUUCUCUGUGGCAAAACCUUAGGAUAAAAAAACACACGGCUACUUAUUGAACUUAUUUAUAAGACCCCUUCAUGCAUGUUGUAAAAAACCCUCCACAGCUCCUCACCUCCUCUUCCUCACCCUUCAUUAUUAGCAUGGAUUUAAUGUGUGGAGUCAUAAAGGCAGAAUGGCUUCUUCUGGGUUCAUCUCCAUGAAAAGAGCCGCUGUCCCUGAAGUUUUUACACAUUCAGCAGGUUUAGAUGUACGAUGUGCCAUAUAUGCCAGUAAUGGAUAUGAGGUCGCUAUUAUGCCUCAGAGUCCACUUCAAGUGAGAUGUUUCCAGCUUUAUUCUAAUCACACCUUCCCUUAUGAUCCCCCUGUAAGAUAGUUGGACCGUAAAUUAGACGCAUCUCAAACUGCUGGUCCUCGGAUAUUCUCUACACACAUUAUAUUACACUAACCAGGGUAACCUUGAACUGUACCUCAGUAUCUUUCAUUUAAUGUGUCAAACCACAUGAGCUUUAAAAGUUGGCAGGAAUGCAUGCUGAUGUUAAUUACUUGACGGGUAGUAGGAAGGAAAGCAAUAAAAACAACCACAAUGCAACCUGACUUGAGCAGUUUUAGGGCCUGUGUCCACUAACAGGGUUGCUUGUGGUGUCAGCGUCUAUGACCUUUGUGUCGCAAAAACAAGCAUGGUUGGUUUCCCCUCUGCAUGGACCUCUUCCAUUGUUGUCACCUGUUGAUACAGGAAGUCCUUCCCCUUCUUGAGUUUGAUUGGUCGUUAUGGAAAAGUAGCAUUGACAAGCGCAGCUGUGUUCCCGCUGCAAGUGGACACAGGCCCUUAAAAGAGGAACGUAUUGCGGUCUACUAAAUACGGACAUGAACAGAUUUAAAGCUUGUAUUUGUGGUGGCAUUGACAUUUAGCUACUAUCUAGAAACUAGUUGCAUAACAGCUUGAAUUAUAACUCGUUUAAAUGUGAAUCCAUAUGUAGAAGUCAUGUGUAGAUAAAAUACUGAUGCUGUCAUUCAUGUGCAUUCACUUACCUUUCUAGGGCUGUCCUAUGGCUCACCUUGUGCCUGUGGAAUUAUUCACGAGGCAGUUACGCUCAGUUAUGCUUCCAUUAAGCACCAUCUGCAGCCUGCUGGGGCAAGAAUGGAGGGAAGGAGGGAGCGAGAGAGAGAGGAAUAGGAUGGAAAAGGAGAAGAUGGAGGAUGGAGGGAAGAAUUAAAGACAUAAAGAGAGGGGAAAGUGAAGGGUGUGGUUGGACGGAGCUUGAGGCAACAGUUAAAGUCAUUUCCUUCCAGUUUUGGCUCCUCUCUGGUCUCCAAGCUUCUACUUUGUCAAAUGUGGCGCUUAUUGGAACGGCAUCUCAGUCAUCAACGAAUUAUGGUGGAGUAGCUUCUAGGGCCAUUGAUGGGAAUCCAGACUCAAACUAUUAUUCUGGAUCCUGCACACAUACAUCAUAUGGACCGAGCCACUGGUGGAGUUUGCUCCUGCCAGCUAUGUACAGGAUCACAGAUAUAAGUAUCACCAAUAGCAAUGCUAAUGGUUGGAGAAUCAGCAAUGCUGAAAUCCUCAUUGGAAAUUCCCUGGAGAACAAUGGCAACAACAACCCGAGAUGUUCUGUUAUCCCCUCCAUACCAGAUGGAGGUACCCGCACCUUCAACUGCGGAGGAAUGAUUGGAAGAUUGAUCAAUGUGAAACUUGAAAGCACACACCCAAGUUCUGCUUUGAUGAUCUGUGAGUUAGAAGCGUACGGAGAACUUGCACCCCCUGCUCCAUCCUUCAGCGCCGUGGUGAUGGGGAGGAGCGUAGCAGUGGUGGAGAAGAAGCUGUGUUGGUCCGAUGCUCUGUUCUACUGCAGAGACUUCUACUGGGACCUGCUCAGCGUACGCAGCGAGGAGGAGCAGAGGGAGGUGGAGGAGGUGCUAAAGAGCGUCUCCUUCCCCCUCACUGAACAUGUUUGGUUGGGCCUGCGCAGGUACCUGAUGGGUGACACCUGGUUUUGGAUGUCUGGUGCGACGAAGAACUUCACCUACUUUGAGACAAGCUCGUACUGGGCGGACACCAGUCCAUGUGGUGCCAUGGACACCAGCGAUGGCUUCCACUGGAAGGAUCGUCCAUGUGCAGAGCACCUACAUUUCAUCUGUUUGAAAGACAUUCAAAGUGACAAGAAUGUGGGGUUCUACAGCAGCAGCAGACCGUAAACACAGCAUGAAGAGAAGCUCAAGUCUCACUCUGUUCUCUUCAGACUGCAGACUGUGUACACUCACUGUUACAUGGGGCUUGAACGGGGCUGCCUCUGAAUACAGAAAUGUUAAAUUGACUAAUAGUCAGUGGUUUUAGUCAUAGAUAUAGUCUGGGACGUCGCAUGCCAUAAAGAAAUGCCAGGCUGCAAACACUUUGAUUUUGCAAUUGUAAGAUACUGCCCUCUAAUCUAUUAAAGGGGCAUCCCGUGGCUUAAAUAACACAUUAUCUGCCAUUUAACAUCAGCAUACCUUACUCUUACUGUGAAGAAACGUAAAGAAAUAAUUUGUGUUUGGAGUCCAAAAAUGUGGAGAAGACUUUGAAUCCUCAAUCAAGCACGGUGAGGUUAACUGCCAUAGCUUCAUGCUUUAUUGAUCGGAUAGUUUAGAGAGUCUUCUGAUCUGAAGUUAAGUUGUUUUAAACUUCUGCAUUACCAAUAUGUCACUGUAGUCUCUUCCUUUCAGCUCUGUUCCAGAUUCACUUUCAUGAUGUUUGAAAAAUAUAUCUCUUUUAUGACAAGUAUGCCAAAUGUUGUGUGUUGUGGUUGGGUUUUUUUUUUUAUCCGUGAGUUCUCUAAGUAGUUUAAAGUGAAGAAUA